GUUUCAGUGAAAAGUUGAGUGCCGAGUUUUUGCACGUUAGUGCAUAAAUUCAACACGAGCUUUAAGAGACGGUGUCGGUUGAGUGCAAGAUGGCAGCGCGCGAUAUUUUUAAUGCUCUUCAAUUGCUAGAUUUGCUAUCUUCUUCAUCAUCUAGCAGUGAUGAAGAUGAAAUAACAAAAGGAAAUCUACAAAAAAUUCCAAAAAUUGAAAAUUUUAUUAAUGUUGUAUAUAAUCUUAUGGAUAAGGACUUGUGAACAAUUUGCGCGAUUAAAACGAUGGCAGACCCUAAAUACGCUGAUUUACCAGGAAUUGCGUACGAUCAACUUGACGUUUACGAGACAAGCGAUUUGCCUGAAUCAGAGCAAAUGCGAAUGUAUUGCGAGGAAGAACCUGACAGCACUUGUGUGGAACAGUUACAUAUCAGUGCUAAAGAAGCAUUUAACAAAUUUAAAGGCAAACAAAUUGUUGGAAAACCUGUUGAUUUCUCAGAUCGUGUGUCCAACAGGCCAAGAACAGGAUACAAGUCAGGAGACGCGGUAGUGUCUCUGGCAAAGUUCAGAAAAUGACACUACUAAGUCUCUUAUCCUGCGCGCACAAAGUCGAUUUUUCGGGGGUUUGUAGCAACUAAAAUAUAAAAAAUUUUACAAAAACACAUAGUAUAUCCUUAAUGGCGGCAUCGCCACGACUAAUUUGAGCCAAAAAAAAUUAAAAUUGGUCCAGCCGUUCCGGAGAUACAAGCGGUCAAAAAGUGAUGUUGGUAAUGCAAAAAUUAAGAAACGUCGUCUCCUUAUUCUUCUCCUCUGUCCGCAGGGGCGGUUAAAGAAUUUACGGAGCCCAGAGUAUUAUCAUUAUCAUUAAAAUUUACGGGAAUUCCACGCACCAGGUGCCAAGGAUCGACAAAUUCGACUUUUACGAGUUGCGCUACGAGAAUUCCUCGCACCAGGUGCCAAGGGUCGACGAAUUCAACUUUCGCGAGUUGCGCUACGAGAAUUUUUUGCACCAGGUGCCAAGAGUUGUCGAAUUCGAUUACCCCGAGUUGCGCUACGGGAAUUCCUCGCACCAUGUGUCAAGGGUCGACGAAUUCGACUUUUGCGAGUUGUGCUACAAGAAUUUUUCGCAUUAGGUGCAAAGGGUCGACAAAUUCGACUUCUCCGAGUUGUGCUACGGGAAUUCCUCGCACCAGGUGUCAAGGGUCGACGAAUUCAACUUUUGUAAGUUGCGCUACGGGAAUUUUUCGCACCAGGUGCCAAGAGUCGACGAAUUCGAUUUUCGGGAGUUGCGCUACGGAAAUUCCUCGCACCAGGUCUCAAGAGUUGACGAACUCGAGUACCCCGAGUUGCGCUACGUGCAUUUCAUGCACCAAGUGCCAAGGGUCAAUGAAUUCGACUUCCCCAAGUUGCACUACGAAAAUUUCGCAAACAUGAAAGAGAGAGAGAGAGAUAUGACAUAUUUUGAUAUAAAAUCUAAAA